GGGAAAAAACAAGCGACCAAAGAAAGGAAAGAAAACCUCCAAAAAGCAAUCUCUCUCUCUCUCUCUCUCUCUGAAAAUCAGUUUAAAAGCGCCUGAAAGACAAAGAUCAAAGGGAACUCUGAAAAUCUCUCUCGGUUUUGGCCUCGGGAGAUAUUUAAGCAGAGUCUAGCUUCUUGAAGAAACGUCCAUUGUUCUAUCUUUGGAUCACUCCAUCUUUCACAGGCCGAAGCAGAAAAAACCCCACUCAAUCGCAGUGUAAUGACCAAACGACCAAGCCUACCCCUGAAAAGUGAAGACCAAUUUUAGGGCAGUGAGUCCGAGUCGGCUCGAAAGCUUUUAUGCGCAGGUGAACGGUGCGUAAAUAUCCGAUGGUAAUUUUAACUCGGUCUCGUAAGCAAUGCAGAGAGAAAGAGUAACUAGCUGUAUAAGAAAAACUGGUUAGGGAUUUCGUUUGCUCCAUUUUAGGUUCUUUGUCACAAAGAGCAUUGCUGGGUAGAAGUGGAAGCAAUGGAGAGUGGUGAAAGCAGCAGCAAUGAAAGGUACGCCGUGUUCAAGGAUUCCUCAUGGUUUCGCCAGUUCCGUAAUGGCUCCAAUCCUUGGAUGGCCAGAUAUGUCUACGGCUUGAUUUUUCUAGUUGCAACCCUUCUAGCAUGGGCUGCUCGGGAUUAUGGCCGCAAUGCCUUGACCGAAAUGGAGAAAUUGGAAAGAUGCAAAGGUACCAAGGACUGUUUGCGUGCUGAAGUAGUUCUGCGAGUGAGCUUGGGGUGCUUUGCAUUUUUUAUCACAAUGUUUCUUUCAACAGCUGGCACCUCAAAGUUGGAUGAUUCCAGAGAUUCAUGGCAUUCUGGAUGGUGGUUUGCCAAGAUCGUCAUGUGGAUUGGUUUCACCGCUAUCACUUUUUUGCUUCCUUCUGUCAUUAUUCAGCUCUAUGGGGAGAUUGCCCAUUUUGGUGCCGGGGUCUUUCUUCUUAUUCAGCUGACAAGCAUAAUUAGUUUCAUUAUGUGGCUGAACGAUUGUUGUCAGCCUGACAAAAAUGCAGAAAGAUGCCAAGUCUAUGUAAUGUUACUGGCAACCACUGCAUAUGUUGUGUGCUUGGUAGGGAUCAUUUUGAUGUAUAUUUGGUAUACACCUGAGCCAUCUUGCCUCCUCAACAUUUUUUUCAUUACCUGGACCUUGGUACUCCUCCAACUAAUGACCAGUGUCUCUCUUCAUCCAAAAGUGAAUGCUGGCAUCUUGACACCAGGACUCAUGGGGCUUUAUGUGGUAUUCAUCUGUUGGUGUGCAAUUAGAAGUGAACCAGCAGGGGAAAAUUGCAUCAGGAAAGCAGAAGCUACAGAUAGAACAGACUGGCUUACCAUCAUAAGCUUUGUUGUUGCUGUGCUUGCAAUAGUUAUUGCCACAUUUUCGACAGGCAUAGAUUCCCAAUGCUUUCAGUUCAGAAAGGAUGAGACGCAAGCUGAAGAUGAUGUUCCAUAUGGAUAUGGCUUCUUUCACUUUGUCUUUGCCACGGGAGCAAUGUACUUUGCAAUGCUAUUAAUUGGUUGGAAUACCCAUCAUGCUAUAAAAAAGUGGACUAUUGACGUUGGUUGGACCAGCACAUGGGUCAGAAUAGUUAAUGAGUGGCUGGCAGUCUGUGUCUACUUAUGGAUGCUGGUGUCUCCAAUCAUAUGGAAGAGCAGACAAACAGCUGAAUCUUCAUGAUAUUAAAGAAAUGUCCCAAGAUUUUUUGUCACUGCCCAUUCAUUGAUCUGGCUUACGGGAAUCCUUCAUCCCUUGCCAAAUAGUAAAAGGAAUUGCAAUAUACUCAAGAAGAUUCAGGCCAGAGCAACCUAGCCACUACCUAUGUAGAAAGGUAUUGACUGGAUUUCUUUUAGUUCCACUCGAUUUAGAUAUUCAAUCUUCUGGCACCAUGCAAAUGGUAUAAAAAAAAAAAAAAAAUACCCAAAUUAUUUCAAAUCACUCGAGUGAUAUGAUCUGUGUUGUUAUUUGUAAAUACAGUAAUGUCAGAGCAUAAUGCAUGUCUUACGUAA